UGCCGACGUCCCUGGGGCGGCGGAAUUUCGGAGCGGGCACGCCGACUGGCUAGGGCGCACGUCAAUCAGUACGUGUCCGUGAUCAGGGUAGGUUACCCCGGUGGGCACUCGCAGGCGGCACAGGGGGCAGAGAGACACGGAGGGAUAUCUGUUCCAACCGAGCAGGUAGUUUUCUAUGCUCACAAGAAAACAUGCCAUUAGUAAAGAGGAACAUUGAACCCAGGCACCUCUGUCAUGGUGCUUUGCCUGAAGGAAUUAGCAAUGAACUGGAAUGUGUCACAAACAAUACGCUAGCGGCUAUCAUUCGUCAGCUCAGCAGUCUCAGCAAACAUGCAGAAGAUAUAUUUGGUGAACUGUUUAAUGAAGCCAAUAACUUCCAUAUUCGAGCAAACUCUCUUCAAGAUAGAAUUGAUCGUUUGGCUGUCAAAGUUACACAGCUGGACUCAACAGUGGAGGAAGUUUCCUUGCAGGAUAUUAACAUGAGGAAAGCUUUCAAGAGCUCUACAAUGCAAGACCAACAAGUUGUUUCAAAGGGUUCAACUCCAAACCCAGUGUUGGAAAUGUAUAAUAAGAGUGAUAAGCCACCGCCACUGAACAUUCUGUCACAGUACAGAGAUGACAAAAAAGAUGGACUUAAAUUUUAUACGGAUCCAUCUUAUUUCUUUGACUUAUGGAAAGAGAAGAUGCUACAGGAUACUGAAGAUAAGAGGAAAGAGAAAAGAAGACAGAAGAGAGAGAAACAUAAAUUGAAUUCAAACAGAAAUCACCAAGUUAAUGUGAGAAAAGUCAAAACAAGAAAAGAAGAAUGGGAAAGAAUGAAAAUGGGCAAAGAGUUCAUGACAGACGCAAAGGAAAUGGAGCAGGCCGAGGUCAUGAAAGAGGAGAAAAUGUCUAAAGGAUCCCAUGGAUCAGAUCUCACUGAUUAUUCAUACCCUGCUACCCCAAGCCAUCAUUCACAGCAGCAACAAAUGGCAGCUUCACAUUUGCCAAAUGAUAAUCAACAACAAAUGGUGACUGGGAACCAAGUUCAGGAACAUGAUUGCAAAUCCUCUGCACCAGGGUUUAGACAUGCUACUUUGAAUAGACCUCAACAACCCCCACCACCUCCACCACCAACUACUCAAAAUGAUGCCCGUCCACCACCACAACAACCAGUAGACCACAGUGUGCCACCUCCUCCUCAGAUGAUGGAAUAUUACAAUUCAACAAGCCCUGCUGUGCUUCCCCCUGACCCAAUCAUUCCAUCAGCACAAACAGCCUUUGUCAGUCCACUCCAAGUGCCUCCUCCUCCAGCUUCCCAUCCUGGGUCAGUGGUAGGAGUUGCGCCCCCAAUGCCACCUGGGGCAGCCUCUCCACUUGGGCCUCCUGUACCUCCUCCACCUCCUCCUCCUGCUCUGCCAGCACCACCUUCCUCCCUUGCAUCCUCUCCAAUGCACUCUCAACUUGUAGUUGAAAACAAACGGCAUGAACCAACAAGUACUCCUCUCAAUGAUGCCAGAAGUGAUCUCCUUGCUGCUAUUCGUGUGGGAAUUCAACUGAAGAAAGUUCAAGAGCAACGUGAGCAAGAAGCUAAGCGAGAACCAGUUGGGAAUGAUGUGGCAACUAUUCUGUCAAGACGUAUUGCUGUGGAAUAUAGUGAUUCAGAUGAUGAUUCAGAGUUUGAUGAGAAUGAUUGGUCUGACUAACAUGAGUGCUGCAAUAGUUUUAUUAAAUAUCACUUCAUAAAUUAUGAAAAGUAAUAGAGAUCAAAUCUGAACAGUAUAAUUAUUUAAAUGGAUUUUGAAUGAGGUGAGAAAGGAUGCUGGGGUGUUGUGAUUGUUUCUAUAGCUAGUGAGCCAGAAUUAUUCAUAAAUUGAAUUAUUUAAACACACCGCCCAGGACUAUGACCCAUGACUUCUUUUGUUUAGACUGUAGAAGUGCAACUGUUGAUUUACAAUGAACACAUUUUGUAGGAACAAAUUAAGAAACUUGUAAUCAAAUACCAAUUAGUAUGUCACUUCAUUAUCAGCUUCAGUGUUAUUAAAAAUGCUUCAUUGAUGUAUUAAUGAAACAUAGAAAUUCAGCAGUAUAUUUUUGAUUUUCAACAAGUGAAACUUAGUCCCAGUGUCUUGGCAAAUACUUGCCACAUAAGUUACUGAAUUCCGCAGUUAUUGCUUCCAUAAACAACAACAGGUUACUAUCAUGUUGCUAUUUAUGAAAACAAUAUAUACAUUAACUGCUGGAUUCUUUUUGGUACAACAGUGGCAGCAUUCAGUUAUCUUAAGAGGGAUGUGAAUAGUGUUAUACGUCUAAAUCCAAGCCUGCCACUGAAGCAGCUUCAUAGAUUAAGAAUAAAUGGAUCCUUGGGCAAAAUGAAUCUAUUUAGCACAGAAAUUGGAAUACUGAUACUGUAAUAUGGAUUCAAUAUCUUUUCGACAGUGCUAUCAACUUGAACUUGCAGGACCCCACAUAUUCUCCUUCAUAAAGUUACUAGUUGGACUAGCUUAACUAAAGUUAAAUUUUUAUUAAACUUAAAGAAAUAUUUACCCAUAUAAUGUAAACUUUGAGAAUAACAAAUGCAAAAUAGUUCAGUACAGUAUUAUUUUGCAGUUAAGAUUUGCAACUCUUUCAUUCUCAAUCUACAAAUUUUAUUUUGAUAUUUUAAUGAUUACCUCUCUGAAUACCAUGUUAAAUUGGAACAAAUUAUAAUAAUACAUUGAAAUGUUAUUCUGUUUCACUGAUGUAUAAUAUUUAUGAGGUAGACAUCAGAUAUAGCCAAUAGUGAAAGUUUUAUUUUAAUUUCUGUGUGCAAUGUCAUCGAUCUUAUAUGUAAUUCAAAUGAGUACCGUUUCUUUGGAAUUACUGUUUUUGUUUAAUAUAUUUGCAGUAUUAACAAUUUUAAAGAAUAACAUAUCAAAACCACUUUGUAAACAUAAGUUAUGCUUGAUUUGUUUCAUACUGAAUUUUAAUUUACAUUUUAUUUUCUAAUCUUAUAGAUGUGUAAAAUUACAA